AUGAGCAUUAUAGCAACCAUGGAGCAAGUUUCGUCGCUCUAUUCGACUGGCAUCAAAGAAGGCUGGAUCAGCGCCAACGAGUCAUCUGGCAUUAUCCUCGCUGAUGGCUUCUUUCCGACCGAGAACGCGGCUAGUUUGUCGAAAUGGCGCGAUGCACUGUCAGACAUUGCAGCGAAUGUCUCGUCCGCCAAUUGUCUGGUGUUGGCGGCGAACCCAAUCGUAUCGACUUUGCUCCAGCAACACGAGGCCAGCGACAGCAGCGACGUUAUUUACCUCAGCCGUCGUCGUGGCAUGAUCAACACAAUUUCGAUCUUUGCUGACGCGAAGAGUGCCAUCGAUUUCUAUACCCACGCGAACAACAGCGUCCAAGCACCUUUACAGUUCGUCCUGCGCCAAGAGAGUACACUGGGCCUGUUCCACAGCAACCCGCGACUUCUCCGAAAUUUGGCGCGCGACAUUGAUGCUCGAAUCUUUCGCUUCCUUGCUGCUCGCAUGGGACAGCACAGCAUCACUUCCUCGAGCAAUCCGUCUUUAACAACGGUGCCGCCGGGCGUACUCACAAGGCCAUCUUACAGCGAUAACAUCAGCGGCGGAGCAUUAACGCCGGCCUCAAUUUUCACUCAACACAGCCAACAGGUGCCGCAGCACUACUUUGUGCCCUCCCUGCGUGCUUACGAAAGUUCAUCAAGUCACAGCAUAGGCAACAACACUGGUUCUGAUGAUGAUGCCAGCAUCUUGGCCGAGAAACCCAUUCUUCCAAGUCCUGUGGUCACUGACGAUCCUAUCACCGGCGAAAAGAAGCUGCAGCAGGAUCGCAAAGUUCGUUACCUCGCUCCGCUCGUGACCGGCUUGGGCUUAGGCCUAAACGUCUUCAUGAUGUCUGGCUUUCUUGCUAAAAUCGUGAUUGAAACUUUAGUGGACGGCAACUACGCAAGAUUCGCCUUCAUCAUUCUAUUGCCGUUCUUCAUGUUGGUCUCGCAAUUCCUGUGGGAGAACUUGGCGGCGUGCUUAGCUCAAGUCUUAUUUCCCAUCCGACAAAUGCACGAGAACUCGUUGUACUACAGCGGCCAGGCUAGCGAGCCUCUUCCUCCGGACCACGUCCUGCCUCAGUUCACGAUCAACAUGCCCUGCUACAAGGAGGGCUUGUCGUCUGUCCUUGCUCCAAGCCUGGAAAGCGCUAUGGACGCCGUCCGUGCAUACCGCGCGGUUGGAGGCGUUGCCAACAUUGUGGUAUCUGAGGACGGUCUCCGUUUGCUACCUCGCGAAGAGGCCGAAGAGCGUAUUCGAUACUACAAUGCCAUGGGCGUCGGAUGGGUAGCACGUCCUCGCCACAGCAGCGAGCAAGGAGGCUAUGUGCGUAAAGGUCGUUUCAAGAAAGCAUCCAACCUCAACUUCACCUACAACCUUUCUCUACGCACCGAGGAGAUUCUGGAAACUAGCAGUAUCGACGGCGACCUUGAGCAACGAUAUAGCGAUGCACUUGCCCAGGCUGUCGAAGAGACCAACGGUCGUGUAUGGGCAUCUGGCAACAUCCGCAUCGGCGACUACAUUCUGCUGAUCGACUCAGACACACGCAUGCCGGUCGACUGCUUGAUCGAAGCUGCGGCUGAGAUGGAACGAUGUCCCGAAGUUGGCGCUCUGCAGCAUUGCUCCGGUGUGAUGUACGUGCAGAAUCACUACUUUGAACGGUUUAUCGGCUAUUUUACCUCAGCUUGCGUCAAUUUCAGUAUCUCCUGGAUUUGCGCGAACGGAGCGAUGGCGCCGCUCAUGGGACACAAUGUUUUUCUGCGUUGGAAAGCUGUACAGGAGGUGUCCAAUCUGGACACCGAUGGCGAACGCACCUUCUUUUCGCCUCAUCACGUUUCUGAAGACUUCGAAAUGGCGCUGAAGUUGCAAAUGAAAGGCUACGUGAUUCGAUGGGCGACUUACUCGGACCAAGGCUUUACCGAAGGUGUCUCAUUCACACCCGAGGAUGAGACGGCACGCUUUCAAAAAUAUGCGUACGGCUGCUCAGAAAUCGUUUUUAACCCACUUCGGUAUUGGUUCACUCGCGGUCCACUCAGCAAGCUCUUUCGCACUUUUAUCGCAAGUGACGUCAAUACUUCGUACAAGAUCGCCACGCUCUCCUACCUGUCGACCUACUAUGCUUUGGCAAUCUCGUUCCCCGUGACGGUUGUCGUCUUUGUCAUCCAAGGCUUGUUCCUGCCGUACCUUGAUCCGAUUUUCCUGCCUUCCUUCGAUGUUCUUAUCACGGUCACGUUGAUAUUCACGCUCGCCGGAGGUCUGGGUCUGGUGACUGCUCGUGCUCGUUCUGGCCACGCCUCAUUUGGACGAGCUGCUUUGCAAGCGAUUGGUCAUGCGCCUGCAAUGGCAGUCUUUUUCAGCGGCCUCGCAUUCCACGUGAUGACGGCACUCGCAGCACACAUGUUUGGCUACAACAUGACAUGGGGCUCCACCAACAAGGAUUUCAAGCAAUCGUCGCUCAAAGAAGUGCUUCGUCGCUUCUGGACCGUGUACAUGGUCAUGAUUGCCUUCCUAGUCACUGUGGUUGUAGCUUCUUCGCCGCUUAUCCCACUCAAGUGGCGAGCUGAGUCGUUCCAGCUGCUCGUCCCGCCUGUCUUGUUGUGCUCUAUGCACAUCCUCUUUCCCAUCCUCCUCGAUCCUGGCGUGCUGGAAAAGUAUCUUCCCGACAUUGGCCAAAACGAAUUCGCCCUCAAACUCAAGUCAAAGCACCAAGCCUUUUUCCACACUGCAGGCCAGCGAGUCAAGAGCAGGUAUAUCACGCAUUUUUCCAACGCUGCUAGUCGGAACGACACGAGUGCGGUUGGCGUAUCACACCAGUCGGACGCAGCAGGCAGCGAAAAGAAUGCACAGAUAUGUCGCACUCCUUCAUUGUCGAGCAACACGCCACCAAUGCGGAUUUCCGCAGGUGCAGGUGCAGGUGGCGUGUGA